AGUUAUAAUUCAUUUGUUGAAGAUUUUGUAGAUGCACCUGCUAUUUUAAUUAAAGAAUUAAUACCAUCUACAAAAGUAUAUUAUCUAAUGUCGGAUCAUAAGAAUUUAAUUGCUGAAACCAAAAGUCUUCAAAUACAUGUUGAAUAUUUGAUAACUGAAUCUAAUAAAGAAAGACCUAAUUAUACUUCAAUAGUUUUAAAUCAUAUUAAAGAAUUGGAUGAUAUUACAAUUAAUUUUACAUUUUCUGAUGCAAGUUAUUAUUAA